ACGUCUUGUUACCGUUGUCUUAUUCUAACGUCUUCGAUUUAUUUUUGCUUGGUUGAGCGUCGUAGACGGCCUCGUUGCAUCGCCUGCCGAUUGCGCAACAUAAUCAUUUGAUAAUGUGUCGUUACGUGAUCAAUAUAAAUAGAAAUUUGACGCUCCUUCAGCGAAAACUGCGACUGAUCUUGAUGCCUUCCACUUGUGCAUACGAAGCGUGUUCGCGGCGAAACGCGUUGCUGUGUUUGUUCGGCGUGGGCUGUCAUGUGGAACAGGCAUGAAUCAUGCUUACGUUUGCAAGUUCGAAAGUGUAGAGCGUAGUGACCGUUAUGGACAGCAUCAACAAGCCACUACUUCCCGUCUCAUCGAACGGGAAUACAACAUUGCAGUCCAUGUUGGGGCUGAACUACCGCUACUGCUUCAGCCUGAUUGGAGUGCUUAAACUUAUAGAAAUGGCACUGAACGUGUUGUGCAUACAGCUAAUGCUGGAAUACUGCAACCCAUCUUACAGGGGUGUCUCCUGGGGCUUCUUGGGCACAACAGAUGAGACGCUGUUCAUCUUGGGCAAUUUCAGUGCACUCAUGAUGAAUGGUCUCUUGUUCCUCUGCUGCGUUCUCUCAGGUGCCACAGCACUGGCUCUGUCAAAAUCCCUUUUAGAUGUGAUGGGAAACCUGGCACACUUCCUUAUCUGCAUUGGGAGCAGCUUAGUUUUGCUGUCAUCAGGAGUGAACCAUCAACCAAGCUCUAGGUACAAGGAGUACAUAUUUCAAGGAAAAGUGACUGUCUCGGUUCUGGGCAUAGUGAACUCUCUGCUGUACCUGUGCAGUGUGUUAGCCGCCUACUGGACUUGCAAGGCCAGCAGAUACUAACUACUGAAUCCCACAGCAGUAACACGUCUGGAGUUGGCGUGCCUUUUUAUGGCCACGUGUGAGAGAACUGAUCACGAGUCCAACUUGCCAAUGUGCCAAAGGCAGAAAGAAGCUGUGCAGACUGGAUGGACUCCUGGUUUUUAACUCUGCUGACCUUUAGGCGCCAGCAAGCAAGUGCACCUGCAGGAUGACGCUAUGCAUCAGUUUUUGUGAUGUUGAGCAUGCUUGGCACACAUUUAGUGCCAUUUUUAGCACAGAAAGAUUUUGUUGGUGUGUAUGAAAGCAGCCUUUCAGGUGUAUUUUCAGAUGACUACUUAUCUUUGAUACAUGAAAGGCAGACUACUAAAAGCACAAGUAACUAGUCUUAAUUUUUGUUGUUAUGUUAUUUACUGUUUUACUUCUACGUUCAGGAAUUGUUGAUGUUUCUACUCUAAGUGCAAUUCAGCCGUACUCAUGGUAGCCAUUUGAGAGCAAUCUUCUCAAGAUGCAGGGCACCUCAUCUCAUGAUGGUAAGCAGCAUCAACAAACACAUUGAAAAAGAAGCAGACAGGAUGAAUGCUGGCCAAAAUGUAAAUUUAUUACAUGGAAGAAAAUAAGCACUCUGAAAAAGCAUGAUAUUAUUAAGCCCACUAUAAAAUGAUUGAGACUGAAAGCAAGAAAAAGGCAGGAGGAGAAAAAAAAGCACCAAGCCAUGGCACUACUGCAAAAGCCAAAUCAUAGGAGGAAGGCAAUGCUUAGAGGGACACUAAUGUCAAGUUCCAAUAGCCUGUUUAAAGCAGGUGCCCAACUUGGCAGGUUAGCUCCUCUCUUGAGCAUAAAGUAAUGGCUCCAAAUUCAUGAUUAGAAUACAAUUGCUAGUACUGGUAGUAGUAGUAGUAGUAGUAGUAGUAGUAGUAGUAGUAGUAGUAGUAGUAGUAGUAGUAGUAGUAGUAGUAGUAGUAGUACUACUACUACUACUACUACUACUACUACUACUACUACUACUACUACUAGUAGUAGUAGUAGUAAGGGGUUCUAUAAUUGAAAUGAGAAACAGUUCACCGAUGAUUACAAUACUCUAGUACGAAUUUUGAGCGCAGAUGUUUAGGUGUUUUGAAUUCGUGAAAUAUUGUGGCAAAGAAUUUGAUUCUGAAUGACAGGCUGCUCUCGGCAGUGGUGAUGAGCCUCUGCUCGGGCAGCUCGUUUAGCAGCAGCGGCAGAUGAAGCAUUUCCACCGGUUGUGUUGGUCAUUGUUCAGAAAGAAAUCGUUAACGGAGGAACGCAGGAAUGCGUGGCUCACGCGGAACGCAUUCUCUAGCGGCAACAGAACCACAAGCGAAGAAGCAUAUGUGCAGUGGGUCCGAAGCCCACGCUAGUGCUUUGUUUCCACGCUUGCCGCAUGCCUGGUCGCCGCCAGCACUCUGCUUUCCCCUCACCCUUUCACCAUACCCUCCUCUGCUUUUCUCCUCGCGCCUUUUCACUCUCGCCGCUUUUUUCAUCCCCCCCGCUGCGUGCUACAUUCACUCUCAUCUUUCAAUGUGCUCAUUCACUCUGUUACAAGUGACGCCGACACUCACCACAGUAAUGGGUGCCUAGGAGCUGCACUCUAAAAUGAGGCACAGUAACUGCCUUUAAUACAGAGGAAAGCUUAGUUGCACCAUGGUGUCACUACCAAAGCUAGUCCUCGUUUGCUCUACCUAUUAUGGCUGGGCAGUCUUGACGGCUUCGCAGAGUGCUCUCCACAUGAUGGCUGUUCUCAGUCUGCCAUUGGAACCCACAGCUGGCAAUCUCAAUCUGCCACGGAAACAGUCUUCUCCAAAAAGAGCAUCCACUGAUGCUCUAAAUAUUAUUUAAUUCACCAUUGAAAUUUGCUGCUAAGGUAAAUAUGUCUAGCUAGAGGGAUAGACUAUGUCACUGAAAAUCUUUAGCUAGCAUUUGACUUGUGCCAGAUGGUGACUUAGUUGCCCAGAAGUUCACAUUUGAAGAUGAGGAUGUUUAUGCCUCAAGUUAACUUACAUUAUUGAUGGAUUGGCACACCAAUCAGUGUGUAGCAGGAAAACAUAGGCAACCUCGGAAAGUUCGGACCUCAUGAGGUUGACCUCAAUGUUAUUAUGACCUCAAACUCGGAAAGUGAUGGAAAAGUUGAAGUGCAGUUGGUGGCAGCUAGAAAUUUUGUGGGGUUGACAAUUUUUAUAUCAACCUCGUACGUGAGCUUGAGGUUGAGUGAGGUUUGAGAUUGAACAAGUUUGAGUUUUGAGGUAAAAUAUUUCUGUAGCUGCUGAGGUGCAUAGUUAUGCUUCAUUCAUCAGCUGUAUCUUGUAGACAUUGCUCUGAUGUUACGUCUUUAGAAACAUGUCUACAUUUAGGUGUUGGUUAGUUAUCCCUUUCAGAUGCUAUGUACACAGUUGUGUACAUUGUGAACUCGUAGGCUUUUCCUCCGAGCAUGUUGCAGAUUCAGCCAAUUUCACGGUUCCAGCUGUAUUCUCCACUGUUCGUCAUUAAACAGUUUACUGCAUCAUUUAAUGAAUGCGAAUUAAACAAACAUGUGAAGUAUUCUGCAUGGCAGUAUGCGGUAUGGCGCCGCCAGAUAAGCUCUUAGAAAUGUUUACGAAAUCAGCAUUGUCUAUAGCUACAGUAUCAGGCUCCUAAAAUAUCUGCUGAUACAACGAUCAUGAGAGUGUCUUAAGACGAAAUUACAACACCCACAUGCACCGGGUGUCCUCUCCAUGCCGGAAUUUGAGUAUUGUCACAAACGUGUGCAAAGUGUCAUGGUGGAUGACUCUGAACGCUCUACACAAAGCAGCGCUCAACACGGAGCAGGGCAACACUCGGCUAGCUAAUGAACCACUGGUACAUCUCUGCAGCAUUUGUUUUGCUGCCUUCGUCCUCAUUUGUGAGAGAAAUCUUGACAAGCUCUAGGGAAAAAAAUAGGUCCAGAAACUUCUCAGAUGUCGACUCAAGUGACGGCAAGGGGAGUAAUGUUGCUGGAGUUGAUUUAAUAAGUUCCAUUUGCAUUGAAGACGUGGAUGAAGAGAAUGUGCAAGGUGUAAAAUUUACAGGCAUCUUUAGUACUGCUGAAAAUUGUGAAUAAAACUAUAAUUGAAAGAUAUUGCCUUCUCUUCACCACCCACUUACCACAACCACCAACACUGCACAACUUCAUCUUGAAAGUUACUUUUGAAGUAACAAAUGCCUAUAGUGUUCGAACAAAACGUGCGAAUGUGAGCAAGACUGGAGUGCUGUAGAGGUCUAUUCAGGUGUGCCACUCUGUCUGAAAGAAGAUAAGAAUUACUUCUACAGUUUCCAUGUCUGAGAUACAUUGCUGAAUUUUGUAACCGCCAUGACGCUUUGUACACAAUUGUGUACAUAACUGUAAAGCAUAAACAAUGGUAGUUUCUUGUUUGCCACUGACCUAUAUGGUUUCAGUGAGCCCUGCUUAGGUGGCUAAUUGUAAAAAAACAAAUUGUUUUUUCUCUACAAAUGGCAAGCGGCAUCUGAAAGAAUUAAGCUAUAAGACACCUUGACAUAGCAUGUUUUGCAGCCAAAAUCUUCUACUGAACAAACUUUUUCAUAAAACAUUGAAUUUAUUUAUCCGUAUAAUAACUUUAAACUUCCUGUAUCUGAGGCAUAAGAACAUAUGUACAUAAAUUUAUGUAUAGUAAACACAAGGAGCUACGUACAUUUGACGUUGUGUAGCCUGCCUUGAACUCUAAAAAUGAGAUAGAGCUUGAAGGCCUGACCUCAGCCCAAAUAAUGAGGUUGAGUAAGGUUGUCAAAUCUGAUUGGAGUUUUAAUUCAAAUCGAGCCUUGUGAGGUUGUCUGCCAACCUUUGGUGCCAGGCGCUUCUGUUAUCUGUUGAUAAGUGACAUGGUAGCACAAAGAGUUCGCUGCGCUCCUGCAAAUAGCACUUGCAGGGCUCUGUGAAGAAGUAGCACUGGUGUGUCCUUCUAUAAAAAAAAAGUAUGUAAAAUUGACCAAAACCAGAUUGUCUUUAAUGUUCAAAAUACUCUAUGAUUUUCUUGUUGUCAUCAGUGCUUGGCUACUCUUUUCAAAUUGUUGUCAGGAUAGUAUACAUCAGCAGCGAUUAGUUCUGCAUUACUGAAGUGGUGCCAUUAUUCCUUUCUGAUGUUUGCAUGUUUCUGUCAUUCAAGGAAGCUCUGUCAUUGGUGAUAGUAGCGCAUUUGUCAUUUUAAAAUAAUAAUUUAUCAGUGUAACCCUUUAAUUGUUGCUUUUAUUGUCCCUUUAUUCUGACUAGUCCUGCACCCCUUUCAAGGAGUGGCAUUUCAAACUGAGAAUUAACUGAUGCAUGUGGUCCCGCCUUUCAUUAUAUGAAGUGCUUUUGGCUAUCUCAUGAUUGCAAUGAGCAUGAUGUCAGGAAAGCACAGGCACAUCGUGCGAAGGUGACCUAGAGACACAGUUGCCACCAUGUACACACACACUUGCUACAAAUAAAUUUAGUAUGAGUCGGCACUUGUCCUGUCCCUUUAUAAGUCUUUGCUCAUGCUGCUCAACAUUAGGCAGUCGAGCCCACUUAUGAUGAGCCUGAAUAUCGCAUUGGAUUCUUUGAUAUAGCAGAAUAUUUGCAGUGAGUGUACCUUCUAAAAUGAUUCAAGAAGUGUAGCAAAAGUAUUUUGAAAGUGCAAAUGAACAAUGCCCUUUAGUGUUUUCAAGUGAGGAGCGCAAAACCGCAGUUUUCAUUUUGUAAGGUGGCAUACAACAGUUCAUAUUUAAUGGCCGUGUUUCUGACAAUUUGCUUCAGGAAUGUACAUUCCUAUGCCCUUCCCUUUGAGGCAGGUCAGCCUGUCUCUAACUAUUAUUUAUGUUUUCUCACUGAUAAUAAUAAUGAGAAGAAAAAAAAGCAGAUUGUCAUGUACGUGAUCACACUAGGCCCAUCAAAUCCAGUGGUACUAAUAAAAAUCUAAACAAAUGGUACUUUUUGGACCAGCCAUGGUUGCCUGUGUGAAGUGUAUUCUUGUUAAUUCCUUCUUGCAGUGAUUUGUGAAGGAUUUGGCAUAUAAUAUGCCAUAUCAGUUCUGCUCGAAGUGCACUGAAGAACUGAGGGUAUUUAAAAGUCAAGCACUUUAGUGUAUACUUCAGUUAAACUAGUCUGGCAUUUCAAGACAUUGAAAGUGAAAUAGUGCUGAAAGGAUCACUAAAGAUGAAAGCCAAGUACACCUUAAGUUGCUAACCACAUGCCUGCAAGUUUUAUAGUAAGUUUUUAUAAAUUCUGUGAAAACGCGGCUAGAAGCAAGGCUGCCCUUGUGUCAUGCAAGGUGUGAUAACAAGCAGGUGAACAAAAUACAAGAAGCAUUGACAUGCAGAAUCGGGUGCAUAGAGAAGAAUGUUACUGUGUUAAGAAAGUGAAAGGGCUAGUAUGUUUUUUGCAACAGAGAACAGCACCAUAAGAUGCACACACAUGGCUAUAGUUACCCAGUUUUGUAGGUAAUAGGAAUUUCGCAAGUGACAUUGUUAUAAGUGGGCUUCACUUUAAAUCAUUACCAGCUUGUCCAGUGUUCUGCUCACUUGGUUCCGAUUGCUGAGGCACAUUUACAGAUAUUGCUUAUUCAUGUGUGUACAUGCCUAAUUUAUGAAUAUUCAUGUAAUAUUUGCUUGAAAAUGUGACAUACCUCAUGUGUUUUGCUUUUUUAACACUUUUGUUUUCCUUUUUGCAGUCAUUUUUCAGUAACUUGCCCUGUGAUUUUUUGAAAUAAUUCAGCAGUUGUGUGAUUCUUGCUCAUUUUCUUUUUUGUGUGGGGUGCAUGUGUAUGUGUGAUGCCAUAUAUUAUUCAAGCUUGCUUUCAAAGCAUAUUUACUUUGGUGCUGUCCCUGCUUCUAUUUUUGAUCUCUGAGACAGAGCAAGAUUUAGCCACAUCAUACAUUUGUAUAUAAAUUUGAGGAGGAACGUUUUUAAUAAUGAAGUUGUGUUUAUUAUUUCCUCCUGUUAGGCAAAUGGUGUAGCUCAUCCAUCCAUCUGGGCAGGAAUAAUGUAAAACUAUUCCAAUCUGUUUGUAUUCCAAGUCUGCCAUUAGCCCUCCGUGAUAUGUUAAAAUGGCUCGGGUCCAGCCCACAUGGGUAAGUGCCGUGGCCACAGGAGCUGGGCCCAAGCCAUUGUAACCUAUCACAGAGGGCUAAUGGCAGAUUCGGAAUAAAAACAGAUUGAAAUGUUGCUCUGACCCUGAUUGCGUGACCAAGCUCAUGCGAUACUACUUUUCACAUCAGCAAUUUACAAAGGUGUGACCUUUAAGCUUGAGUAUACUAGAAAGAGGAUUCUAUCGUUGUGCUUAAAAACAACUAGAAAAAAUUCUGUACAUAUAUUCUCUGAAUUAUUUUGUAAGCUUCUAUAAUAACUUAGUGUUUUUAAUACUGAAAUUAGGUGUAUUGGAGGUUUUUAGUAUGAUAGCUACACUGACCAUGAAAAAAACAGUGAAUACUGAGCUCUUUCGGGCUGGGGUUUUUAUUGCGCUUUUUAGUGUUCCAAUAAAGAUAAUGUCUUUGUAUGUUA